UGUUGGUGUUGUGGCGGAGGAGACCGUGUGCUCCACGGUCUGAUCUGGUCCAGCUAACAUUAGCUGACUGACCUGCUUGGCUCCAGAAGCUGAAGUGGAUUUCACGGAUGACAGUGUUUUAUGUUUAAGCCUGAUAACGCCAAGACGAAAAGCUGGAUGGUAACCAGGAAGACGUAACUGGAACGGGAAGCCGUCAAUGCCAAGAAAGAGGCUUAUUUUCGCCGGACCUGUUGAUUGAUGUCAGCACCUUUCUCCUUCGGGGCACAGAUCCAUGGCAAAGUGGCUGAAGGACUACCUAAAUUUUGGCACUAGGCGUGAGCCUCCGCAGCCUCCGAGGCCAGAUUACAGUGAGAGUGAGAUUUUGAGGGCGUACAGAGCUCAGAAGGAGCUAGAUUUUGAGGACCCCUACCAACACACUGAAAAGGAGCAUCAGAAUGGCUGUUUCAGCCCCUGUAGUGCCACAGUGAGCCUUCCCUCUUUCCCCGCAUUUGGUUCAGUGCUGCCGAAUGGUGUGGAGGUUAAAGUGGUGUCUCCCAAGCACAGACUAAUUAAAGUGGACUCUCAGGAGUUUGGCCGCUGUAAAGUCCCCCUGAGUCCUGUGACUGUUGAAGAGGAACCUGUGGUUCCAUCUGCCCCAGCAGCGAACGACGCUGACACGGAUUACUCUGAUCCAUUUGAUGUGCGGCCAGACCCAAGAGGCAGACCAAACUGGGAGCCCAAAUCCGCACCAACAGACUGCUGCAGCUACAUGGAGCCAUUUGAGGCUCAACGGAUCAUCUCAGAACUGCAGCACAGCGUGAUGGCUAACAGGUCUGGGAGCGGAGAUGGCGGCCAGUUAUAUGAUAACCCGUACGAGGAGAGGACACGUCACUACCACCGAGCUGCUCCACCAGUACAACUACAAACUCAGAGGGUUGUGGGCGGACUUACCCAGAUAGACAGCAGGGAGAGCAGGCUGCCACAGGAUGAUGAGAGGCCGGCGGAUGAAUACGACCAGCCCUGGGAAUGGAAGAAGGACAACAUCUCUAAAGCUCUAGCAGUUCAGUUUGAAGGUGCAGAAAGGGAGCGCUCCAGAGCUCAGACAGAGCAGACCAAACUCACCAAGAUGGGAACUACAUCUACAACAACUGAAUCAACUACACUCCAUCUGGUUGGUGACACCCCUCCUCUCCUGGGAGAGAGAGUGGACCCAUCUCUGCCACUGGAGAGACAAGUGUGGUACCAUGGAACCCUGAGCCGCUCGGAGGCAGAGACUCUGCUGACUCUGUGCAAGGAGAGCUCCUACCUGGUGAGGAACAGCCAGACCUGCCGGAACGACUACUCGCUCUCACUCAGGAGUUGUAAGGGCUUCAUGCAUAUGAAGUUCACUCAGUCUGCAGAGGGGCGAUACGUGCUCGGAGAAAACAGCCCUCCCUUCUCCACCAUCCCCGAGGUCAUCCACUACUACACUACACACAAGCUGCCAAUCAGAGGAGCUGAGCAUAUGUCCCUACUGUAUCCUGUCAUAGUGCAGACCCUCUGACACUGACACACUCGCAUACUCUUUCUCUUGGUGCUACUGAAUAUGAUAUAUACUCGAUAUAUACCUACGUCUGCCCCUUUCCUACAUGCCUUCUCACUACCAUUCUACCUGCACUGUUCUCAAGAGAUUGGACUGUUUGGUGCCAUCUUGUAUAUCAUAACCCCAGUAACGACACUGGCAGCUUACGAAGAGAGCUCAGUGGCUCAAGAACCUCCACCUGUGAACUGGUAUUGUCACUGAAAUCCCUGUAUUUUAAAUACCACGGACUCCUGAAAAUCAGUGAUCAUUCAUAUUAAGAUUGGUAGCUGAGUACUUUUAGGUAAAAGAUGAAAAGACAAACUCUCGUCUUGAGAUGUUAGAAUCUACAGUUUAUUGCAUGGAGAUUUGUCUCUUUUUACUGUAUUACAGAGAGAGACUGUCCUGCCAGGUCACUUAAAGGAUAAUAGUGGUGUUUUUCUUUUGGUUUAUGCCAAGGUUGGCUUUUCAGCCAAGGCAGCAGUUAUUUUCAUGCGGUUUUUAUCUUUUAAAAGAAGGACAAAAAUCUAACAAAUAUUGUGGAUCUGUGGAUAUUGGCUGUGUGGAUUUAAACUAGUUGACUAUCCCUUAAGUGUUAGUUAAACUAUCAACCAAACACUACAUAUUUGACGCUGGCUGUCUGUUGGCACUGGGUUUCUCUAUGUUUCAGAGGCGUGUGAUUGUCAUAUGAUGCUGUAGCUGCGUGCCCUGCAGUGUUCACCUCAGUUCAUGUUAUGUGUGAACAACACAAAGUGACAAUAUAAGGUCAGACGGACAUGAUUUGUCAAGUUCACAAAGUAACAGACUCCUGCAAAACUAGUUUAGACAAUAAUUGUAUUGAAAGCGUGUGGCGUUUGUGAUCAUGACUAUUAAAGAAGCUUUGUUAGAUUAUUUACUGUGCUGUUUUUAUAAGAUUUUAAAUGUCUUGAAAAUAAAGGUGUCAUCUGUUUUC